GCUGUAAUUUGUGUGUUGUGUAAUUUAAAUAUAUCACGAUAUAUACGUAUUAUAUUAUCGCAAAUAAACGCGUUUAAUUAUCCGCAUUUAUAUUCAUUAUCAUAUUCAAAGUCUGUUACGAUUAAGAAUUUCAUCGCAGCUAUUUCAUGAAGUAUGUAAUAGACAAUGAUGUAAAAAAUUACUUUGCGGCGGAGAAUAACGGUUUGUUUUUUUCCACAAACAACAUUUAAAUAACGCGCAAGUCAAAACGAAUCUUCCACAAAAACUAUAUUAUGUGAAAUUUACAUCAAUCUGCGUAAUACAACUAUGUAAAUUGUAUCAUCGAUAAACAAACCUUUUGGUUGAAAUUUUUGAUGUGUUAUUCGAUUCGAUUCUAACCUAUAUUUGAUACGAAACUCGAUGCUCGGAGCAGGAUAAAGGUAAUAAGAUUUCUAGUUAGUUGCUGGACGAAAAACUCGCAGAAUCUAAUCGAUGAGAGACCUAAUGCAGCAGGUGGCGCCAUCUGAAAAAUGGUAGAAAGAUUAGAAAGUAUUGUAUUAUAGAAAGAAGUAAAACAUGGAUGUGGAUACAGCGAGCGAUAAUACGUCCAUCGAUGACAAGAUAGACGAUUUUUGUGAGAAUCCAACGAGAGAUGCUCUAACAGAAGGUCUUAUGAGUCUUUUGAAACCUACGGUGGAUCAAUUAGACGAAAGAAUUCGUGCCACAAGAAUAUGUCAAAUAGAAUUAAAACAACGAAUUGAAUCGUUGACGGAAGAAUUGCAGAGGAUCAACGAAGUAUUGCAGUGUCCACUGGAAACAGAUUCUUAUGUUAAAAAGUUGAUUAACGCUAAACAUAAAAUCACAAUUGUUAGUAACAUUUUACAAAGUACGCAAGAGCGAUUGAAUAAAAUUCACCAAGCAGUGGAGAAAAAUACAGUAAAAAGGAAAGCUUUACUGGAUCGUAGCUCUCCAUAUGGUAAUGCCUCUAAUAUUUUAAGUACAGAAGAACAAGUGGAAAUAGAAAAAGGGGCUAACGUUUCUAAAGAAUAUGAAUGAGGCACGAUAGUACGUGUAAAACAAUUGUGAUACGUCCCUCUUUAG